AUGGGAUCACCGGGAGGCAUUGGUGGUGGUGGUCACCGAGAUGAGAGGGGAUCACCGGGUAGCGUCGGUGGUUGUGGUUCCCGAGGGGAGAGGGGAUCACCGAGUAGCGACGGUUGUGGUGGUCACCGAGGGGAUAGGGGAUCACCAGGUGGCUUCGUUGGUGUUGGUCCCCGAGGGGAUAGGGGAUCAUCGGGGAGCGUCGGUGGUUUUGGUUCCCGAGGGGAGAGGGAAUCAACAGGUAGCGUCGGUGGUGGUGGUCACCGAGGGGAGAGGGGAUCAACGGAUAGCGUCUGUGGUGGUGGUCCCCGAGGGAAGAGAGGAUCACCGGUUAGCGUCGGUGGUGGUGGUCACCGAGGGGAGAGGGGAUCAAUGGAUAGCGCCGUUGGUAGUGGUCCCCAAUGGGAGAUCGGAUCACCGGGUAGCGUCGGUGGUGGUGGUCUCCGAAGGGAGAGUUGA